UUAACAGAGAAAGACAUAAUUAAUAAUCACGAGUAUAUUGUAGAUGAAAUUGAGACUUGGAUAGACGAACAGGAAGCAUUUGGCGUUGUUGGAUGUCCUUUAAUCGCGCAUCUUUCGAAGUUUAAAAGGAAAAAAGGCGAUAAAAGCAAAAAAACAAAAUUAGCUCAUUCAGGAGAUACUAGCACUAUUAAAACAAAACGCAAUAUUAAUCCAAGUUUGGCCGUGCGGAAUCCGACUUGUGUUACACCAUUUAUUCAUGAUUUAACUAAAGGUCUCUUCGCUCGUCGACUUGUAACUGUAAAACAUACUAAUGACGAAGAGACUCAAACCGAGAAUUUGCAAAAAGAAAAUUCAUUAGUUAAUGAAAUAGUUGUUAAACCUGUUACUCAUUAUGUUGAAUGGCAUGGCAAGAUGGUUGCGCAUGACAAUAAUAUUUCAUAUUAUCGUUCGGCGAGAGUUGAUGAUGAUAUUAUCAACACUGGUGAUGUUGUAUAUAUAAGAAAUGACGAAUCAGAUAAACCUUGGUUUGCUAAAGUUAUGUAUAUGUAUGACGACCCUAAAGAAGGCAAGAUGUUUCAUUCCAGAUUUUUCAGCCAUGGGAGAGAUACCAUUCUGGAUGAGCUUGCUGGGGAACGUGAACUCUUUCUCUUAGAUAAUUGCACGGAUAACAAUCUUGACACCAUAAUGGGCAAAGUAAAUGUCAAAAGGCUCGAACGUGAAGAACGCGAGAACUUCUCCUCUGACGAUACCAGCUUCUAUUUUUAUCGAUUUUGGUAUGAUGAAACUUAUGCAUCAUUUGAGGAUGUAUAUUCACAUGAAGACCCUACUAAAGAGUUUCUUUAUUGUGCUGAUAAUGAAUUAUGCUAUUCAUGUGAAAAUAAAUUUGCGGAAAAAGAAAAGGGUCCCAAAUGGAACUCACAGGAUGAAAAUAGACAAGAAUCCUUUGAAUACAAAGGUGUUGAAUAUCAUCUUAAUGAUUUUGUCUAUAUUAUCCCGGAUAAUAAAGACGACCCUUAUACUAUUGGUCAAAUAAUUGAGAUUUUGAUUAAAGGUGAAUCAAUUUCACUAACAUCAGUAGGUGGGAAGAUGGCGCUAAAAUCAAUAGGUGGGACCAAGAUUAUUGUAGUGUUGCGUUUGUUAGGUCGGUAUGAUGAUCUUACUAAGGAGAAAAUAACAACCAAUCCAUCGGCAUCUCAUAGAGACGUUAUCACUAUAUCCAAAACUAUUAAAGAUAGUCGCCGCCUCUUUUUUACAAGAGAGACUAUUAAAGAAUGCGCAGAUCGAUUGGAGGGUGUGUGCUGGGUUGACCAUAAAAACAAUAUAAGCGACCUAGAUGCAUACAAGGACGAAAAAGAUACUUAUUAUGUUGAUUUAAUCGCUCCGAAACGAUCAUCAAAGUUGGAAGAUAUGUGCUUGUUUGAUGCGAAUGAUAUUUCAAAGUGUUCAAUUUGUGAGGAAAAACGACGAAAACAUCAAAGUUUAUCGAUUGAAUUUUAUGAUUACAUAAAGAUGAACAAUCAAAAACUUCGUGCUAUGGAUAUCUUUUCUGGUUGUGGUGGCAUAACCGUGGGCAUGGAUCAGACCGGUGUAAUCGAUACAAAAUGGGCUAUUGAGUUUGAUUCUAGUGCAGCAAUGACUUUUGAAAAAAAUAAUCCAAAUUCUAUAGUAUAUAAUCAAUGCGCCAACCUUUUGUUAGAAAGAGCAAUUGCAGAACACGGCCGUCAAGAAAACCUUAAUGAUCUGAAAGACUUUUUAGGUCGUAAGGUUCCAAGCAUGCCAGCACCUGGUGAUGUAGAUUUUAUAUAUUGCGGGCCUCCCUGUCAAGGAUUCAGUGGCGUAAAUCGUUACCAAAAAGCCGAUGACAUUAAAAAUAGCUUAGUAGCAACAUCCUUAAGUUAUGUUGACUUUUAUAAACCUCAAUAUUUUCUUUUGGAAAAUGUGCGCGGAAUGCUCUGUUUCCGACUAGGAGGAGAACAAGAUGGAAUUAAGAUAAAAGGAGGCAUAAAGAUGGGUGUAAUAAAAUUUAUAUUACGUUCAUUAACGGCAAUGGGGUAUCAAACGCGAUUUGGUGUUCAGCAAGCAGGUCACCACGGGGUUCCACAAAGUCGUCGACGUCUAUUCAUAUGGGGUGCGAAACAAGGAUUAUAUCUCCCAGAUUUUCCACAACCUUCAACUUGUUUUAGUAAACAAGGAUCAAUAAGUAUUUUGUUACCGAACGGAACCUCAUUUUCAUAUAACAAGCGCACAAAUGGUCACGCACCAUUACCUGCAGUAUCUGUGUGUGAUGCCAUUAAUGAUUUACCGGAAUUCGAAUUCGUCAAUCCUCAUUUAACUUAUCCCGCUACUGAAGAAGAUAAAAAUGAGAAGCGACCUUUCAAACAAAUAAUAGUCCCAGAAAGAGGCUGGGCAGGAGAUAUGGUCACUAAAUAUGAAUCGGGACCACUAUCAGAAUACCAACGUCAAUGUCGUAAAGAUUCCGAAUCUCUACACAACCAUGUUACACGUGCUUUCAAUCAAUUAACUGUCGAACGUAUAGUUCGUAUACCAAUGUUUCCCGGCGCGGAUCAUAGUAAUUUACCCGAAAAAUUAAAGCCAUGGUGCUUGAGCGAUCCAAAUUCAGCAGCAAGUCGUCACAAUGGAUGGAAGGGCUUGUUUGGCCGUUUAGAUUUUAAUGGCCAUUUUCUUACUGCUCUGACUGAUAUCAACCCUAUGGGCAAAACUGGUACGGUAAUCCACCCAAAUCAACGACGAAUCGUAACCGUCCGUGAAUGCGCUCGUGCCCAGGGUUUCCCUGACAAGUUUGUCUUCUUAAGUGAUAAGAAUGAUGUCAAGGAUAUGCAUAGACAAAUAGGAAAUGCUGUACCACCACCCUUAGCAUUCUCACUCGGGCAAGAAUUAGUGAAAUCUUUAUUAAAAAAGUUUGAAGAUGAUAAGGGAAAAAAGGGGAAAGAAAAACCCGAUAGAGUUAUGUAUGAAGUUUGGGUAGAUUUAUCGUCUUUCCAAAAUCUCUGA